GGUGGUACUAAAGGUCCUCGAUCUUGUGCGCGGGGCGCGCUGCUGCAUAGCCUGGCGAGGCUGCUUCUUUGGGCUGGGCGUUUCUCGGGCGGCCCAUGACAAGGAGCCCGUGCGCACCAAAACUUUGCUCCCUUCCACGCGCGGGACGAUCUUUUCGCCGCCGGCGCCAUCGCGUCCAAACAUUUUCCCCUCUCUCUCUUUCCGUGCCACUCUCCAAUCCCGUUCCUCAUGCCGGCGUCGGGGGCCAUGGAGGGGGCGGGCGAGGAGGAUGGGCCGGGGCGCUCCCACGAGGCUGUCGACCUCGUCGCCAACGGCGAGGCGGCGGCUCGUGAAGAAACUGCUCCCCCGGUGGUGCAGGUGAGCUCCUCCAGCUCGGGAGAGGAGGAGGAGGAGGAAGAAGAGGAGGCUGCGGGCGGGGAUCAGGAGGCUGAGGGGCCGUGCGUCCCCAGUUGCCCUGUGUGUAUGAACGCGUGGACCGCCGACGGCAAGCAUCGCGUAAGUUGCAUUCCUUGCGGGCAUGUCUAUGGCAGAUCUUGCUUAGAAAGAUGGUUAACACAGUGUGGGAACAAAAGUGCCACGUGUCCUCAGUGUGGCAAGAGAUAUAGACAAAAGAACAUUAUCAACCUCUAUGUACCAGAGAUUGUUGUUCCAAAUAAUGAUCCUGAAAAGCAAGUAUUGUCAUUGAGAGAUAAAAAUAGAUUUCUUGAGAACCAACAACAAACAUUUGUGGAGGAGAUAAAAGAGUACAAGAGGCAGAUUUUGUUGCAGCAACAUUUAAUAAAGGAAUCAAUCUCAAAGAGACAGAAACUGGCGGAACAAUCAUCAGAUGGAGGAGGAAUGGUUCCAGAGUCAGUUUCACAUAGAGCAGAUGUUGGCAGUGGUGAUCCUUGCAAAUUUGUUCUACAGAAUGAGUAUUUCCUUGAUGGAGCUCGAGUCAUGGGUAUAGAUGCAUCCAGCCAGAUUAUAUUAGCUUCUGGAAGGGCAGCUGGAGUUAGUGCUGAACAUGUCAUUACUAAGAUCAGCAUGUUUUCUAGACAAGAAAUGAAAGUCCACCUUCCUCCCAAUACUAAAGCUGUCAGGGACAUUUGUAUACUUCCUGGGGGCCUUGCUGUUUUUGCAUCUCUAGGCAGGAAAUUGUUGCUUUUCAGCAUGACGACCAACAAUAUCGUCCUUCAAUAUGAUCUACCGGCUCCUGGCUGGUCCUGUUCAGGGGUUUCAUCUGAUCCAAAUCACAUCUAUGCUGGAUUACAGAAUGGCAUGCUUUUGGUGUUUGACACCCGUCAAACUAAAGCACCAAUGUGUUCCUUGACGGGUCUAUCAACACACCCAGUUCAUACAGUCCACUCCGUGGUAGAUGACAGUGGUUCCAGGAAGGUCAUCUCUGCUUCUUCCAUAGGACCCUGCAUUUGGGAUGUAGGUGGCAGUGAAAAUAAGCCCAAUUUGGUUACUGGGAUGGAAAUCCAUGGGGUCUGCAUAUCUCUUGCAUGCACCGCUCCAUCAAGUGAUCUCCUGGUGGCUUCCUUCCGGCCAAAAGUCGAGCUAUUGGGCGUUGGCGCUGCAUCUCAAACAGCUAUAUCUCAAUCACCGACGCUCUCGGGUUCAGGAAAGCUUGGGUGCCACGCCUUCAUAAGGAGGACAAGCAGCACGUCCUUUGUCAAAGACGGCAUCUGCAACGGCAAUGUAAGCGAGUUAAGGAUGUCGAAGUCCGUUAUCAUACCCUGCAGCGGAAGCAACCAGCACCUCUUCGCCUACGGUGACGAGACGCUGUCUGGAGUCCGGACGUGGCGGCUGCCUUCGUUUCAGACAUUUACUGAUCUCAUCCCGCACCGCCGACCGAUCCUUGAUCUGAGGUUUGCAGAGAGCUCCACCGGCGACAGGUACCUUGGGUGCUUGAGCGAGGAGAAGCUGCAGGUUUUCAGAAUUAGGUAGCAUACAAAUUGACUUUAUCCUUCGUUGUAGUACUCCACUUUGUUGUACAAGCACAAACAAGCCUUGCUCUGUACAGUGUUUUCUCACACACACUUCUAGUACGUAAAUCCAUGCAUGAUAUUUUGGGGGUAAUAUCCGUUUCUACCUCUAUUUC